AUGGAAGAGACGCAGCCGCUUCCGCAGUCCGAGCUGCCGUUAUGCGACAGCCUCAUCAUCUGGCUGCAGACAUUCAAUACUGCCGCACCUUGUCAAGAUGUCAAACAGCUGACUAAUGGAGUUGCCAUGGCACAAGUUCUUCAUCAAAUAGAUGUAGCUUGGUUCGAUGAAUCUUGGUUAAGCCGAAUUAAAGAAGAUACGGGUGACAACUGGAGAAUAAAGGCUAGUAAUUUAAAGAAGGUACUUCAAGGAAUUAUGAGUUAUUACAAUGAGUUUUUGGGGCAGCAGAUUUCUGAAGAACUCAUCCCUGAUUUGAACCAAAUAACUGAAUGUUCAGAUUCUGUGGAGCUAGGGAGGUUGCUCCAGCUUAUUUUAGGGUGUGCCGUCAAUUGUGAAAAGAAGCAAGAACAUAUUCAAAAUAUAAUGACAUUGGAAGAGUCUGUUCAACAUGUGGUCAUGACUGCUAUUCAAGAGUUGAUGAGUAAAGAAAUAGUGAGCUGUCCCACAAAUGAUGCUGUCGGAGAAUUAGAGCAACAGCUUAAAAGGGCCUUGGAAGAACUUCAAGAAGCACUAGCGGAAAAGGAAGAACUGAGGCAAAGGUGCCAAGAACUGGAUAUGCAGGUGACUGCACUUCAAGAUGAAAAGAACUCAUUAGUUUCUGAGAAUGAGAUGAUGAAUGAAAAACUUGACCAGUUGGAUGGAUCUUUUGAUGAUCCAAAUACAAUGGUUGCAAAAAAGUAUUUUCAUGCACAGUUACAACUAGAACAAUUACAGGAAGAAAACUUCAGGCUUGAAGCUGCAAAAGAUGAUUAUCGUGUUCACUGUGAAGAACUUGAAAAGCAACUAAUUGAAUUUCAACAUAGGAAUGAUGAACUGACUAGUCUUGCUGAAGAAACAAGAGCCCUGAAAGAUGAAAUAGAUGUCCUUAGGGCUACCUCUGAUAAAGCUAAUAAACUAGAAUCAACGGUCGAGAUGUAUCGUCAGAAAUUACAAGAUCUGAAUGACCUUCGCAAGCAGGUGAAAACUUUACAAGAAACAAACAUGAUGUAUAUGCAUAACACAGUCAGCUUAGAAGAAGAAUUAAAGAAGGCAAAUGCAGCACGCACACAAUUAGAAACGUACAAGAGGCAGGUUCAAGAUCUUCACAAUAAACUUUCCUCUGAAUCCAAAAGGGCAGAUACACUAGCAUUUGAAAUGAAGCGGCUUGAAGAAAAACACGAAGCUUUACUUAAGGAAAAAGAGAGACUAAUAGAACAACGUGAUACUCUGAAAGAAACGAAUGAAGAGCUUCGAUGUUCACAAGUGCAACAAGAUCAUCUAAACCAAACAGAUGCGUCUGCUACAAAAAGUUUUGAGAAUCUUGCUGCUGAGAUUAUGCCUGUGGAAUACAGGGAAGUAUUUAUUCGACUGCAACAUGAAAAUAAGAUGCUUCGCUUGCAACAGGAAGGUACUGAGAAUGAACGUAUUGAGGAACUCCAGGAACAGCUAGAACAGAAGCACCGCAAGAUGAAUGAACUGGAAACCGAGCAAAGGCUGAGCAAAGAGCGCAUCCGAGAAUUGCAGCAGCAGAUUGAGGACCUCCAGAAAUCUUUACAGGAACAAGGCUCCAAGUCUGAAGGAGAAAGUUCCAGCAAACUAAAGCAGAAGUUGGAAGCUCAUAUGGAAAAACUAACUGAGGUCCAGGAAGAAUUACAGAAGAAACAAGAACUCAUUGAAGAUCUUCAGCCAGAUGUAAACCAGAAUGUGCAAAAGAUCAAUGAACUUGAAGCUGCUCUUCAGAAGAAAGAUGAAGAUAUGAAAGCAAUGGAGGAAAGAUAUAAAAUGUACUUGGAGAAAGCAAGGAAUGUAAUAAAAACUUUAGAUCCCAAACUAAAUCCAGCAUCAGCUGAAAUAAUGCUACUUAGAAAGCAGUUGGCAGAGAAAGAGAGAAGAAUUGAGAUUCUGGAGAGUGAAUGUAAAGUAGCAAAAUUCCGUGAUUAUGAAGAAAAACUCAUUGUUUCUGCCUGGUACAAUAAGAGUCUAGCGUUCCAGAAGCUGGGGAUGGAAUCUAGGCUCGUGAGCGGCAGUGGUGCCUGCAAAGACCCUGGUGCGUGCGCUCCCGCACGGUCUUUCCUGGCACAGCAACGGCACAUCACCAACACCAGAAGAAAUCUCUCUGUUAAAGUUCCUGCUACAACACCUGAUUAA